CCGGCGCGGGCGGGGCUCCGGCGGUGCCUGAGGGGCCGGCGCGAGGCAGCGGUGGCGGGAGCGCGGCCAUGGAGCGCGGCGGGGCGAGGGGCUUUCUCCCGCCGUUCGCCCACUUCGCCACGCAGGCCAUCCACGCCGGGCAGGAGCCCGAGCAGUGGCGGUCGGCCGCCAUGGUGCCCCCCAUCUCCCUCUCCACCACUUUCAAGCAGCGGGCCCCCGGGCAGCACACGGGUUAUGAAUACAGCCGGAGUGGAAACCCGACCCGGGAUUGCCUGGAGAAGGCUGUGGCAGUGCUAGAUGGAGCUAAAUACUGUUUAGCUUAUGCUUCUGGCUUAGCUGCUACUUUGAAUAUAACUCACCUGUUAAAGGCAGGGGAUAAGAUUAUCUGCAUGGAUGAUGUCUAUGGAGGUACAAACAGGUACUUCAGGGAAGUCGCCAUGAAAAUGGGUUUGAAUGUAGUUUUUGUUGACUGUGCAAAAGUGGAAUGCCUGGAAGCUGCAAUUACACCAGAGACCAAGCUCGUUUGGAUUGAAACGCCCACAAACCCCACCCUGAAGGUCAUUGACAUUCAGGCCUGUGCAGAUGUGGUACAUAAGCAUAAAGAUGUUCUUCUAGUGGUAGACAACACUUUUAUGUCUGCGUAUUUCCAGCGUCCUUUGUCUCUGGGGGCUGAUAUUUGUAUGUAUUCUGCAACCAAGUACAUGAAUGGACAUAGCGAUGUUGUAAUGGGUCUUGUUUCAGUAAACUGUGAUGAUCUCUAUAAAAGGCUCAAAUUCUUACAAAAUUCUCUUGGAGGUCCGUCUCCCUUUGACUGUUACAUGUGCAGUCGUGGUUUGAAGACACUAGAAAUCCGGAUGAAACAACAUUUCCGCAACGCGUUGGCUGUCGCUCGAUUUCUUGAGUCAGAUUCCAGGGUGGAGAAAGUCAUUUUCCCAGGCCUGCCUUCACACCCUCAGCACGAGUUGGUCAAGCGGCAGUGUACGGGCUGUCCUGGGAUGGUAACCUUUUACAUCAAAGGAAAUCUUGAACAUGCUGCUACCUUUCUCAAGAAUUUAAAGGUCUUUACACUGGCUGAGAGUCUGGGAGGAUAUGAAAGCCUAGCAGAGCAUCCGGCCAUCAUGACUCACUCUUCAGUGCCUAAAGAAGAUAGAGAUGCUCUUGGAAUCAGUGAUACGUUAAUUCGCCUGUCGGUUGGUUUGGAAGAUGAAGAAGAUUUACUGGCAGACCUGGAUCAAGCUCUGAAAGCUGCGUUUGCAAACCAUAAGGCUUGACGUUUAAAACCGGAACUUGGAACUGAACAUUGAAGUGGCUGGAGAAGAUGACGUGGAUAGCCAAAUCACUAAUGAUUUUUCACUUGAUUUGCCUUUGAGAAUUUAACUGUGUUCAGUCGAACGCUGGACUCCCGGGGAGUUUUCUCUCUUUGUGCUGUCAGGUUUAUUCUGCUGAUGUCUGGCUGGGCACGGAGCGCGCUGUGGCACACAGCCCGCGCUCUCCUGCGGGUCUGUUCCUGUUGCAUCGUUAUCCUCUGGCUCUGGAAUUUAUGGAGCCAGGAAAGCUGAGUUUGCGAGGAGCUGUGGUGCACACCCGGGAAUAUUAUCCUGGCUCUCUCAGUGGAGAUUAGUGUUUCUCAUCUGUCAUGCUCAUGGUGCAAGGGUGCUCGGUCAGAAGGGUUGGCUUCUGUUACUGCUCCUCGGGACACACAGUUAAUUUUCUCAGAUUUUACGAUCCAACAGUCCCAGCUUAAAGCCUGUUGAUUUAAUGAAUGUGUUUAGAUGCUUUUUCACCUGUUGAUAUUUUAUGGAGUAUUGAAAAUUAAGAGAAAUCUAAUACCUGGUAAAACAUACUUUUUAAAGAGGAUUCUUUCCCUUUUCUAAAAGAAUCAUGUAAUGCUAAUUGUGGUAAUGAUUUGGUUUGUAUUUGGAAUGGGAAACGCUUUAAUUAAAAUAUGCUUUGAAUUUGCCUGA